AUGUCCUGGACACACCUCAUCCGCUUCAUCGCCGUGGAAGACAGCCAAACCCACCUCGGCCAACUCGUCGACCCCACCCGCGAUGUCGGCGAAGACAGCGUUAAUGGCAUCGACAUCGCAGCAUACCUAAUCAACGGCGACAUUUUCAAUGGCCGCCUCCUCUCCCCCCUUCCCCCCUCAACAUGCACCUACAUCCGCUGCCUAGGCCUCAACUACACCGACCACGCCAAAGAAGCGAACCUAUCUCUCCCCACCGCACCAACCAUCUUCUCGAAGCCCCGGACGGCCCUAAACGGCCCGUACCCGGCCACAAUCAACGUCCCGAAAUGCGCCCAGGAUGGAACAAGCGACUACGAAGCGGAGCUGUGUUUCGUCAUCGGAAAGACAGGUCGCGAUAUCCCGGAGUCAGAGGCGCUGGAUUACGUCCUGGGGUAUACGGCUUCGAAUGAUGUCUCUGCGCGGGGGUUGCAAUCUGUUACCUCUCAGUGGGGGUUCUCGAAGGGGUUGGAUGGGAGUUGUCCGAUUGGGCCUGUUCUGGUCUCCACUUCUGCGAUCACUGAUCCCCAGACCCUGUCUGUCCAGGCUAUCCAUAACGGUGUAGUAUGUCAGGAUGGACACACGGAGAAUAUGAUUUUCUCGGUGAAGAAGACGAUCGCGUACCUGUCACAAGGUACGACGUUGGAGGCCGGGACUAUUAUUCUUACCGGGACGCCGGCGGGAAUUGGCUUCUUUAAAGAGCCGAGGGUGGUGCUCAGGGAUGGGGAUGAUAUUCGGGUUAAAAUUGGGGGUGUUGGGACGUUGGUUAAUAAGGUUCGGUAUGAGUAG